AUGAGUGUGAAAGUGGACAUUCAAUCUUCUAAUUUCUGUCGCAUUAAUGAUGAAAGUGAUCAACAUGAACAACUUAUACCAGAAGAUACAAAUUCAACUGUGUACAACGAACAACCAAAUGUCAAGUUAGAUGAUAAUGAAAAACUAGCAAAUGAUUCAAAUGAUAAUUUACAUGAAGUUCUAGAUGAUUUAAACAAAUUCAAUGAUGAAUUAAAGAAACCAUUCAAUGAUUCAUUCUCUACUGAUUUAUCUAAUUUACCAUAUCCUCCUGGUUAUUCUAUUAUAAAACAAAAUGAUUCAAUGAUAAAUUGUGAAAAUCAAUAUAAGGAGUUAAAUGAAAUUGAACAGGAAAAUUCAAAGGAACCAAGAAUGACAAAAAAAUUUUUGAAACAACAUUGUGCAAAGAAUAAACUGUAUCAAACACCACAAUUGAACGAUAUACUCUAUCUACAUUAUAAUGGAUUUUCCAAAAUUGAAAAUCUUGAAGAAUAUACAAAUUUAAAAUGUUUAUUCUUAGAAGUCAAUGGUCUAUUGAAAAUAGAUGGAUUACAUAAUCAAACUGAAUUACGUUCAUUAUAUUUAGCCAAAAACUUAAUACGUUCUAUUGAAAAUUUAGAUCAUAUGAAAUAUUUAGAUACAUUAGAUGUUAGCUACAAUAUGAUUACUAAAAUUGAAAAUCUUGAUUUGCUGCCAAAUUUUACAAAAUUAAUUAUAUCCCAUAAUAAAUUAACCGAAAUUAAUGAUUUAAUUCAUUUAAUUAAAUGUGAACAAUUAUCUGUACUUGAUAUACAAUAUAAUUUUAUAAAAGAUCCGAAUGUGGUUGACGAGGUAUUUGCUAAAUUACCAAAUUUAAGAGUUUUAUACAAUCAAGGAAAUCCAUUUAUUCGUGAAGUGAAGAAUUAUCGUAAGAAUAUUAUUAAUCAAUGUAAAAACCUCACUUAUCUAGAUGAUCGUCCAGUUUUUCCAAUGGAUAGAGCAUGCGCUGAAGCAUUUUACUCGGGGGGAAUUGAAAAAGAACGUGAAACUAGACAACAAUGGAUUGAUGCAGAACAAAAAAAGAUUUUAGAUAGUGUUAAAUGGUUAUCCAAUAAGCGUCAAGUCAUAGAAGCAACACGUCAUAAGACUGAAUUAAGUAAACAAGCUGAAGAAGCUGGUUUAUCAACUGACGACAUACAGGUUACACCAGGUGAUGUUGACUGGUUAUAUGGAAAUGUAGAUAGUGCAAAAAAUGAAAGUGAUUCAGGUCAAGAACUUGAAGAAACAAAUAAUGAUGUAGAAACCUAUACCGUAUCUUCAUCAAAUGCAAGAGAUGAAGAACUUGAUCCUAUGACAGAUUCUGAACCAUUGAACACUCAAACAUCUGAAGAAUUUUAUUCAUCAGAGAUGGUUAACUUAAAGGCUGAUAACACAGAAUUGAAUAGUUCACUGAAAAAGAAUGACGAAGAAUUAAUUUUUGAUGAUAAUACUGUUAUGAGUGAACAGAAGAACAAUUCUAAUGAAGAUGAAAUUGAAUCCAUUUCAGUGAAUGAAGAAAUAUCUUUAGUCAAAGUUAAUGAAAAUAAUAAUAAUUCAAUUUUCAGUCAUUUAAAUAAUGAUAAUAAUGGCAAUGAUCAUAAUGGUAUGAAUAGAAGCAAUUUAUUAUCAUUCUUAAAUAUUACAGGUAAUUGUAACGAUGUUGAAGUGUCUGAUCAAGAGAUUGAAAAUGAUUGUACAGAAAGUAAUGAACUAGAUGGUUUGACUAUUAAAACAAGAAAUAUGAAAACUUUUAAGAAUUUUAUAACAACAAUUGAUAAUAGUGAUCAACUUGAUGAAACGAUCGUAUUAAGUGACGAAACAGCUAAAGAAAAUCCAUCUCAUAUUCCAAAAUCUGCAUUCAUUGAAGAGUUAUGUAAUGAAGCUUAUAAUCCAAAUAAUACAUUUUGUAUAAAUACAGCAUUAGAUAAACAAGAAAACUUCAUACAUUUCGAUAAAACAAAUGAUCAAAAUGUUAUUGAAAUAUAUGAAGAACAGGAUAAUACAAACGAAUCAUAA